CAGCAACUCUCCUCUGACUCUCUCGCUGGCAACCGGCGCCGCCGCCGCCUGCCGCCGACGCAGGGAGGCUCGUGCGUGUGGGGAGCACCGAGCGCAUCGAUCCAAGCUCACGCAUCGCCUUCUCGGUGUCACGGUCAGGCGGGCGCAAGGCUGCAGCGGUGGCAGGAGAUCGCGUGAGCGUGACCACCACAGGGCAGGGCGAUUGGGGCUGCCUCUUGGCUGCGCUUGUUGGCCGCCGCUAGGUUACUUGCAGGCUGCGGAUUCUCUGAUGAGUUCUGACUCCAUGGUGCCCUCGGCCGCGGAGGCUGAGUCGGCGGCGUCCGCAAGCGGCCGCCUCCUCGUGCUCUACGCCUCGCAAACCGGGAACGCCAUGGACGCCGCCGAGCGCGUCGGCCGCGAGGCGGAGCGCGGUGGCUGCCCGGCCGUCGAUGUGCUCUCUAUGGACAGCUUCGAUCCCAGUCGCUUGCCGAGCGAGCGGUUCGUGGUCUUCGUCGUGUCUACCACGGGGCAGGGCGACCCCCCGGAUUCCAUGAAGGUCUGGAGAUUCUUCAUCCACUUGAUUAUUUCCAGUUGUCUUGAUUGCUUAUUGGGUUGGAUUUCGCGGCAGGGGUUUUGGAGGUACCUGCUUCGGAAGGAUCUGGGCGCGCAAUGGCUCGAGGGGGUCCGUCAUGCAGUGUUUGGACUCGGGGAUUCAGGCUAUCAGAAGUACAAUUUUGCUGCAAAGAAGCUUGAUAGAAGGCUUUCACAUCUUGGUGCAGAACAAGUUGUAGAGAUAGGCUUGGGAGACGACCAGCACUCUUCAGGAUAUGAAGGGGCUUUAGAUCCUUGGUUGCUGUCUAUGUGGAAGUCUCUGAAUGAAACUAAUCCGGCACUCUUACCUAGAGUAUCUGAUAUCAAUGAUCCUAAUUUGAGUACUUUGGGGGAUCCAAAAGUUCAUGUCAUUUAUUACUCUUCCAAUGAGGUUCCACAAGAUUCUAUACUUUCAGAACCCAAUAAGAUAAUAAAUAGCGCAAGGUCAAUGUCCCCUGCGCUACAGUUCCAUGAUGAUGGAGGGCCACCUUACAUGCUUCAAAUGGUAACAAAUCAACGUCUGACUAAGGAGGGUUCUGACAGAGAUGUUCGCCACUUUGAAUUGGAAGAUCCAUCUUCUGCCAUCAGUUAUAAAACUGGCGAUGCGCUAGAAAUCCUACCAAGUCAAAAUCCAUCAGCUGUUGAUGCCUUCAUUGAACGCUGUAAUUUGGAUCCAGAUUGUUACAUAACGAUUCAAGCAAAAAGUGGGGAUAAAAUUUCCAAGGGUUCAGUUGUGAGUAGCCUGAUGGAUCGCAUCAAAUUGAAGACAUUUGUUGCUUUGACAAUGGAUAUUGCAUCAGCUUCCCCUCGGCGGUAUUUCUUUGAGGUCAUGAGCUUUUUCGCAACAGCUGAACAUGAAAAAAAGAGGCUUCAGGAAUUUGCUUCACCUGAGGGAAGAGAUGACCUUUACCAGUACAAUCAGAAGGAGAGUAGGACUGUUCUAGAAGUGUUGAACGAUUUUCCUUCGGUGCAAAUGCCUUUUGAAUGGUUGGUGCAACUAACACCUCCAUUGAAGAAAAGAGCUUUUUCCAUCUCAUCAUCCCCAUUGGCACAUCCGAAUGAAAUACACUUGACUGUUAGCAUUGUAUCAUGGCUUACUCCAUUCGGGAGAACACGGCGCGGGCUCUGCUCUAAUUGGCUGGCUGGGCUUGAUCCAAGUAAAGACAAUCUUAUCCCGUGUUGGAUACACCAAGGAUCCCUGCCUCCUCCACAUCCAUCGGUUCCUCUUGUGCUUAUUGGACCAGGAACAGGAUGCGCACCAUUCCGUGCAUUUGUAGAGGAAAGGGCUGCGCAGACUGCAGCAGAACCAACAGCCCCAGUUCUAUUCUUCUUUGGUUGUAGGAAUCAAGAUAAUGAUUUUCUAUACAAGGAUUUCUGGUUAACUCAUGCCCAGGACGAGGGGGUGCUUUCCUCGAAAAAAGGUGGUGGUUUGUUUGUUGCUUUUUCCAGGGAUCAGCCUCAAAAGGUCUAUGUACAACAUAAGAUAAAGGAACAAAGUGCAAGAGUCUGGAACUUAUUACUCACCGGUGCUGCAGUAUACAUUGCCGGCUCUUCAACAAAAAUGCCUGCUGAUGUUACAGCUGCACUAGAGGACAUUAUCUGUAAAGAACAUGGGGUCAUAAAAGAGGAGGCCUCAAAAUGGCUCAGGGACCUAGAAAGGGUUGGUAGAUUUAACAUUGAGACAUGGUCAUAGUUGUGAUGCUUCUGAAUCAGGCAAGAAAAUACAUACUAUCAGAAUUCCACAAAUAUUUGUUGGGUAUGAAAGUAGGAGAGUUUGAAAUUAGGAGAGUGUAAAAUGUAAAAACAUACAUGUGCACAACUGCACAUAAAUACAAACAAAUUAUUACAGAAGAGAUGAUCUGAGGAUGACCUAACAACUUCCCUCUUACUCCUA